AUGUCGUACCCUUACCCGCAUGGACAGUAUAACACUCCGAUGACACCAACGCCUGCCCCUCGGAAUAGCAACAGCCGCCCUCUGAGAUCUCUGGUCCCGGACACUCCAAGUCCUCAGGUACCAGCGCACUCACAUGGACCGCAUAAUCACCCAACGACGCCUACGCCUAAUCCUCACAUGACGCACCCAUAUGGGCAGCAACAUCAUUCGGUGACGCCCGCACCCGCGCCCCGGGGCGGCAACCACCACCAGAGGUCUCUAGUCGUGAACACUCAGAGUCCUCAGGUAGAUCCUCAGGGUUUGAGUCGUACGAUGUCCGUGAUGCCUCAAACACCUUUACAGCAACUUGCAAGUCGUCGCCUGGAAUUUCUCCCGGACAGUCCUGAGGGUACUACCAAUGACAAUAUUCUGCCAUCACCUGGCAGCACAGGUUUAAUUUUCGACGAUGAUAACCUCGCAUCGCCCAUUUUGGCCGUCAUUAAUUUCAAUGGGGUCAUUCUUUACCACACAGUUUCAGAGACCUCAGACCUUGCACAAAGCCCAGAGGUUCAGGCGAUUCAGGACCGUCUGACACCUGCUAAGAAAAGGUCCCGUAAUGUAUGGAAAGGUGCCAAACAGAAAGUUUUGCAAGAGGACGUGGUUCGCAGAGGCAGAUGCCUUAUCACAUUGGAAGCGCCUUUCAAAUCAGGUGUAGACCUUUGCCACCUCAUGCCAAAUCACAUGUGGUCAAAUACUCGAGUCCUUGCUCAGAUGAAACUUGCAUGGGGCUAUAGGAAAGGUGUCAACUUGGACACUCGCUACAACUUGAUUUUCCUGCGCAAAGACAUCCAUUGGCAGUUCGACCAUAGCUCCUGGAUGCUCGUUCCCGUACCUGAGGAUAUUCACGAGCUUUUAAUCUGGGCACAUACGCGUAAAGAGGAUAAAACUAACCAUCAGGAGACGUACAAACAACGAAGAAAUUUCCGGUAUAUCUUCGUGGCAAUUGACUUUGAAAAUCCCAUUGGCCGACUUGGAGGAGAUAACAUUAUCAUGACGCACCCUCCUCCUUACUACGGGCUCGGUAUUCACACCAGCCACGCACAUCCGAACUAUGUGCUCUACGACGCAUGUAACAAAUAUCAACUACUUGAACCUCGUCGACAGCAAACCGUGCAGAAGAACUUGCAGGAGGUCCUCAGCCGCUACCGCCAGGAGCUGCGUAUCGAUGCUAAUGCUCUGGUCGAUGAUGCGUGGGGAAUGGGUUGGCGCCGGUUAAACAUUGGGAGCCCCCUGAAUGCCCUCUUCUUGAACUCGACUAUAGUCCAUCUAUUCAACGAUGGAGAGUGGCUCAUUAUCCCAGAGCUAAGCAUCAUCGAGAAAUUGUACGACGAAGCCAUGAAAACCUAUGUGAGCGAUCCCAUCAAACUCAACAAGUACUUUCGUCACCAUUGUUCAGGACCAUAUCUUUAUUAUCUUAUUCCACGCAGAAGCAUGCGUGACGAAGUGAUCACUGAGACACCUUCUCAUAGACGUCCUCGCACCGUCCACACAUAUCCGUUUGCCACGCUUGGGCCAUUUCGGAGCCAUAUUCGACCUCAUUACGUCGCUUGGAACUUGGGAGAAAAGUUGGAUGAGGUUUACGAUAGCCGGGAAUACGAGGAGAUGCAUGGCUCGGUCCGCGAAAUACUCGCAUUACAUGCGCCCCAUUUGACCGCUAUCGACACAAGAAAACACCUAGAUAUGGUGAGCGUAGCGACUUUCCGGUGGAAGCAAGAACGUCACGCUUCACUCUGGAGACCUGUGCAACGUAUUAGGACAACAAAGCGACACAGACCUGAGGGCGAGCUCUAUGCUCCCGAGGAGAGAACAAGACCUGAAGAAGAGAAGGAAGAUUCAGAACCUGGGCAGAGGUACGUCCGGUGUGUUUCGGGGUGGGCUCUGGAUGUAGCAGAGAGCGUUAUGGAUGCUUCCGUGCUCAACGACGACCAAGUUGCUGAGUAUCGCUCAGAAUUGGAGGUUCCAUCUCCACCUCCUACUAGGGAGGCUUGGUGCGAAUGGCGGCGUGCGUGGCGGAGAUGCAGGGAUACUGCGCAAGAUACGUCGCGCUUCUCGAGCAAUGACUGGGCCGUGGUGGACUUCCAUGUUUAUCUUCCUACCGGCGACCUCGUCAACACCUAG